GGGUGAAGGAGUCUUGAGGGUACCUUAAUUUGGAUGGAAAUGCUCUCGGUAAAACCGGCCGGAUAUAAGGUCACGUGAUAAUCGUGAACUCGGAUUCUUUUCAACCUCAAUAACAUUCUCGACGCUCGACAUGUCCUUUCUCUCUGCAAUUCGCAGAUGGAUAUGCUUUUAUUAUCAAAAUGACCUGCGUACCUUGCCGCACCAGGAAGAAAAAGUGUGACAAGGGAAUUCCAGGUUGCGGGCGGUGUUUAAGAAUCGGUAUCAAUUGUCGGUACGACAAGCCAUUGGCCAGUACCGAAGAUGGGAAUAGGUUUGGAGGCGAAGUACUACCAUGUGCUCCUCUCAACAUCCCACGCUAUGAGUCUCCGCGGAUUCUCGAAUAUACAUCUAAUCUGAGACUAUCAACGUGGACGGAUUUUAUUGAAGCUCAUUUGACCAAUGUUACACUGGCAACGUUGACGUCCAGAGGUCGAGGUUUACGCUCGGCAUGUCUACCCUACUUAGAGACGCUGAAUGAAUGGCUUCCAGUGGUUCUACCCGGUGAAGUGGAUGAUAGUAUCUCAAGUAUACUAUCUUCCCAAGAUAGCGAAUCGUCUCUGUUACUCUAUUCCUGCUAUCUACUUUCUCAAAUAUGCGGUAAUGAACCCCUUUCGAACGUGGACGAACUCUACUUCAGAUGCAAGGGUUUCUUUACUCUUCUCGUCUCACAACGAAGAAACAGUGAAAAGCUAGUGCAAAUAGGGUUACUUCUGUCGCUUUAUGAGUACCUACAGGCCAUGAUAGAUGUUGCGUUGACGACUAUUGCCUCUUCGACUUUACUCGCUGAUCAUAUCGGGCUUUUCCUGGAACGAGAUGGCGGUGGUCACAGCACAAGGCUGACAAGCUCAAAACGGAUUUGGUGGAGUCUCUUUAUUCUUGAGAGAGUCAUCAUGGCGGCAGCCAUAGACAACCCGGUUAGAUGCGGUGCAUUUACUUGUCCGGCACCUCCAGUACCACCAUUUCCGGUUACAAAGGAGCAACGGGCCGACCCAUUUCUCUCUGAAAGUCAUACGCUGAUUCCUGGAAAUCUAUAUUUGCACAUUAUUGACGACCAUACCGCCGAGGACGAUUUGCAACUGGAAUAUUUCACUCGACUUGUUCAAGCAUGUUACCUGUUGGAACUAGCCCUUUUGGAUCGCUGGGCACAUCCUCUUCAACCUUCCAGUUCUGACCAUUGCAUUGACCUGGAUCGGAAAUUGACAACAUUUGCAUCAGCGGUGCUUCAAGAAGGGGAGGCUGGACGUGGAAAGAAUUGUUCUUCUCUUGCCAUUUGCGUCAAUGCUAUGAUCAUUCUUCAUGAAGAGAGACCGAUUGACGUUUGUCCGGCUCUGACAGUGGCUAUUCAGAUGGUACUGGACCGUAUCAAGCAGUUCCCAACAUGGCAUUAUCAUUAUGCAGCAAUAAUUCCCAUCUGGUCCCAUCACUGCUUCUACCUUGGUGCCCUUUCUUGUCUGCGAUAUACUGAACGAUCCGACCGACUAUUUAACAUGGAUAUUGUCGAAUCGGUCCUUCAUUACCUGAAAGUUUAUUCUAACCGCUGGAAAUUAUCCGUGCAGUUCUAUAAUUAUCUGUACCAGAUGGCUUCAAAUGUAAGUGCAUAUAUUCCUUGGUAAACAACUAUCUUUCCCAUGAUAAUUUCGUAGACGAAAGUCUACUUUGCAACAAAUUCCAAUACUUCCUUGAAUCCUUGAAAAAUCUCCUGUUUUUUACCCUCCCAAAACUUCAUCGUCUCAACAGACAACUUUCCUUGCAUAGCUUCGAUCAACGCCUGGCUUGAAUUAUUCUUCGUGGGAUCUCGACCAGGAAAUUCAAGUCUAGGCGCGAAUGAAGACACUUUCAUCUUGAACCCAUUCUCGAGAAUCACACGAAGUCCCUCGCUGGCAGAGGUACCCCCCAUGAUGCCAUAUGUCACAAUCAUCGCUGGCUUUCCGGUCCAGGCAUGAUACAAGAAGUCCAACGCAUUCUUAAGGGAGCCCGGAAUGGCCGCAUGAUAUUCUGGUGAAAUAAUGAUAUAUGCAUCGUACUUUGCAAUUUCAUGAUUCCAGUUUCGCGCAGAUUGACUAGUGAAUUUUGAUAGGUCGUUGAUCAGCGCGGGAUGGACGGACUCGUUGAAAGCGGGUAGAUCGAACGUCUGGAUAUCGACUGUUAAUAUUGAGAAUUGUGGGCUCGAAGUCCCGCUCGAUUCGAGGAUUGUCUUGACCCAAUUGCCAACAAGAGGGCUGAUACGAUUGGGUCUAGUAGAACCGAGGAUAAGAGCAAUUUGAAGAGGACUCAUUUUGUUCGACAGAAUUGGUUGAUACUGAAGUAGAUUGCGUAGUAGAUGGAGUAGACUUGAUCUCUGGACGUUCUGUUCCUGCUAUUUAUGCAGUUGGGAGAGACAUGGUACCAGAUACUAGCCCAUGUUUGGUAAAUGCAGGGUCGGCUGCAGGGUCGGCUGCGCAGUCGGAUGGGGCUUUU